UGUAUGCUAGCUAGCACUUAAUCGUAAUCUUGAUAUCUGUAUCAUUGUUGCGAUGGGGACGUGUACUGCAUCAGCGAUGGGUCUAGUAUCAUUGAGCUUGUUAGUUGUUCUUCAAUUAAGUUUCACCGCAGGAGUUUGUGUAAAUGAAUCGAUACCUCCUAUCGUGCCCCCUACAACUUGGACUGCUUGGUUUAGCGUGGAUGACCCUACAGACGGUACAGAAAACGAGACACUAGCAGCAGUCAGAUCGGCUUACCUAUCGGUGUGCGUCAGCCCAACCCAGGCCGAGUGCCGAGUGAAAUUCCUCCACACUGAUUACGUCACUGCCGGACAGUCUUUGGUCUUUAGUUGCACUCCUGCUACCGGACUCCUGUGUCAAAACUCGGAUCAACCUCAUCCCCAGGAGACAUGCCUGGACUAUGAGAUCAGAUUUGAAUGUCCAACACCUGCGGGCACACUUCCAGACCCCCAAAUCCACUGGGAACUGAGCGGCAAGGCAAAUGAGAGUGACGAUGACCCGACAUCAUGCGGUGGGCCAAUAAACUCAAUCUAUCCCAGUAAAGGCGGCUUGACCGGAGCGGUGAAUGAACCGCCACCGAUAUCUGCAGACAGUUUCAACUCAUCCAAUCAUCUUUGCGCACACAGAACAAAUGGCACUAACGAUAACUUGUCUUUCGAGCCUUCGCCCAACAAGUGCAUUACAGAUACACCUUGCUGUACAUCGGGUUGGACGCUGACUUUCUGGAUGCGAUACAGGAGUACUGCAAGUAGUUUGAGACGGUAUAUAAUAUCCACGGGAGGGCACGACACAUCCAAACGAGGGUUCACUAUUUAUUUGACAAAGAAAUUCUCAUUGAUUGUCAAUGGCGAUCUAAACCGCAAGGCAUGGGGGAUGAAAAUUGAUCGUGACGAUUUAUUCCCAACUGAUGUCUGGACUCAUCAUUGUUUCACUUACAAUGCCGAUGAUGGAACCCGGUAUUACAAGAACGGUGUACUUGGUUUCUCGCUCAAAACGGAGACUAGAAAUGAAACCAGCUCGCUAACAAAUUAUGACAAUGUGCAUGUGUUCACAUCUAAUGGUAACAAUUUAGGACGUCCAGAAGGCGAUUUCAGCGAUUUCAAAAUGUUUUACAGGACCUUCGACGAGACUGAAGUUCAAACUGCAUUCCUCAAGGAAACUACAGAGUCAAAGUUAGUGAUUCACUACUUGGUGAAGAAAACCACUGACGACGCUUUCGAUGUGGAGUUGGUGUGCUUAGCGAAAUCUGGAAGUCACCCGAACAUCACCUGGCAUCGGGCUGAUGACGGGGCCCACUUCUACGCGGUGUCUCCUUCAUCAAACGUUGAUAUCGUCGAAAGCUUUCCCAAUAUCUAUAGGACGCGGUCGGAGUUGAAGUUUCGCUCUAUGAAACCGACGUCCGACGUUACUAUUGCAUGCGAGGCAUCGGAUGUUGUCGGCUCCAAGGGAAGUAUAUCAAAGAGUAUAACCGUUCCUAAAGUUGAUGUUGUGAAAGAGGUUGUGGCCCAAAAUUGUUACCUUGGCCAGGAGCCUGACUCUAACCAAGAGGGUAAACUCAGAUGGGUGUUACCAGUUGACUACAACAACCGCUGUAUUUGUACACGACUCCUACCAGGCGGAUUGAAUUUGUACACACCAGAGAGAUCGUACAUACCUUAUUACAUUGAUCAGCCACCAUUCAGAGCCACUGAGAGAGAAAUGGUAACCUUCUUAGAUUGUCCAGUUGAUUUCUCCAUUAUUGGCAAACCGACUGAGCAGAGUUCAACGAACUCGACUGGACACGCAUCACAUAAAGCUGUAGAUGGCAAAGGUUUGACAUCUACUCAAAACGGAGAUUGCACAAAAACAAUGGGAGAUGGUGAGAUCGAUCCUUGGUGGAGAGUUGAUCUUGAGGAUGAGCAUUGCAUCAGGACGAUUACAAUCAUCAAUAGGAUCGACUGCUGCAGCGAGCAUUUGACUGGUGCCGUUGCCAGAGCAGGAAUAGACCCAAUCGUUACUAACAACACCAUGUGCGGGGAACCAGUGACGGCUGAACAGGCUGCACCACGUGGUGGUGUUCUUGAGUUUAAAUGUAACCCGCCGGUGAGGGCGCACUACGUCUUUGUAGACAUACCGAUAGACACGCCUUCAAUACUGCAGCUGUGUGAGGUAAUGGUGAAAGAAUUUCCCCUUGAGAUCUGUUCAUCCACAGACGAUUGAAAUUAAAGCCACUAAUCACUAACUCAACGUGAGAGAUUGUGUGAAUUUAUUAUCAAUUCUUUUAUUUUAUAGCGAUGAGUUUCGUACGAACCUUGAAGCUUUUGUUGAGAUGUUAAUAUUAUUGAUUGCCUUGUUGCCUUUAUUACCAAAUUCAGUGCUAAUGAUCGCUAGUAAAACGCACUUAGAUCAGAUAAACGAUUGUAAUCUUGAAGUAUUCUUUAUGUGAAAGUUACACUGCCUUCGAUCGAAUAAAGUAGCAAGAUAAUUGCUAAUUGUUAAUUGAUUAUUAAUUGCUAGCUGUAGAGAGUUUUUAAAUAGAAAGUCCACUUGCAUUGUAUUCUAUAUUCAUUUUUGUGAGAUAUUAAAAUGUCUUGUUUGGUAUUUUGCUGAUAGUUUAUGCCUUGAACAACAUUCUGAGUGUCGCACCUUGAUACCUUGAUACGCAUUUAUUGAAAUUUGAAACAUGUAAAUCAAAUGAAGAAAAACAAUCAAAAAGAAACUGGACAAUAAAAUUUGAAUUGGAAGAAAAUUACAAACUGAAAAUCUGGAAGUAAAAAACCCGCUAUUAUUACACCGUUUAAAGAUGGGCACUAUUGGUAAUUGUCAAAUACCAUCGGUUUUCUCACUUGGUGUAUCUCAACAUACACAAAAUAACAAA